GCGACCCCUCCCACUGGCAGGGAGCGAGCUCUCCCUCUGAGCACCCGGGCCCGGCAAGCGCAGCACCCCCCUUCUCCUGCCACUCUCGGGGCUGCAGGAGCGAGCUGCGGGCAGGCCGGAAUUCGGCUACAGCUGGAGUCGGGCGGCGACACUCCCGGCAGCCGGAAUGCUCUGGAAUUCUACACGAGACACUUCCCAGAGGAGAGCCCCAAGAGGCGGAGCGGUCCUGGCCGCCGCCUGCCUGGCCUGGCUGGGCUUCCGAGGACGCGCCCGGUUCUUGCCCUCCUCGGUCCCUUCCAGGAGUGAUGAAAGGCCGGCAUUCGGUCCUGCUAAUAGGGUAAAGGGACUCAAAAGGACAGCCUCAGCGUUCUUAGCUCUUUUCAGGGCCCAACCUGCUAAUUUCUCAAAUAUCUCCCACCAUGGGCUCAUUUAUAUGCUCCAUUUAGUUGUGUAAGCCUUAUGAAAUCCCAUCCUGCUAAACUCUCAGGCUGACAAGCAACAGACCCCAGAGAGCUGACUUCGCUCACCCUACAAAGCCAAUGUCUUGAUUCCCUGUGUUCGAAGAAAGGAAAGGCCCUGUAGCAAUAAGCCAGGUGUGCCGUUUGGGCUUCAAAGACUCUGAUGGCCCUGGGGCUUCGUUCACACGAGCACCCGUCUGUCUGCUGGAAGUGCGGCUGUGCCCCAGAUCUAGAGCUGGCAAAAGCUGUCUCCUGGGGUGAAGGCUUAAUUACUAUUUCUACAAAGCCCACCUCCAUCUGAAGACCAAGUGUAGGGCUUUAAACUGCAGCUCAUCCGCUAUGGCCUCAGACUACACCAGUCAGAAAGCCACCCACAUGGUGCAGCGCCUGGGUGAUCCUGGUGAGUUCUGUGCAGGCUUCAUGGAGCACAGAUAUGUGGCCCCUGGCCCAAGUCCUCCCCCUUGCCUGACAUUUCUUCCCCAGACCUCUCGGGGAACGCAGAGCAACCCCAGUUCCUACUUUGGCUUUGUGCCCGCUCAACCCUUGACUCCCCUUCCUGUGGCUGGUUGGCCCAUGCCCAUUCCUAGGUCACCCCCAGAGCACGCUGCCAUCCUGAGGGAAGGGGUGCGUGCAUGCCUGCAGCAACGAUGUGAACAGACUGUGUGGAUCCUGCAUGCCAAGGUGGCUCAGAAAUCCUAUGGAAAUGAGAAGAGGUUCUUCUGUCCUCCGCCCUGUGUCUACCUCGCCGGUCCAGGCUGGAGGGUAAAGCCAGUGCAAGACCAAGCCCACCAGUCUGCGGAGACCGGGCCCACCGUCUGCGGCUACAUGGGACUGGACGGUGCGUCCGGCAGCGCUCCCGAGACGCAGAAGUUGAAUUUCGAAGAACAGCCGGACUCAAGGGAAUUUGGUUGUGCCAAGACCCUGUACAUCUCUGACGCCGACAAGAGGAAGCACUUCCGUCUAGUGCUGCGGCUUGUGCUGCGAGGAGGCCGAGAGCUGGGUACCUUCCAUAGUCGCCUCAUCAAGGUGAUCUCCAAGCCCUCACAGAAGAAGCAGUCGCUGAAAAACACAGACCUGUGCAUCUCCUCGGGCUCAAAGGUCUCCCUUUUCAACCGCCUGCGCUCCCAGACAGUGUCCACACGCUACCUCUCUGUGGAAGAUGGAGCCUUUGUGGCCAGCGCAAGACAGUGGGCUGCCUUCACACUCCACCUGGCUGAUGAGCACCGUUCCCAAGGGGACUUCCCACCCCAGGAAGGUUACAUCCGCUAUGGCUCCCUGGUACAGCUUGUCUGCACAGUCACAGGCAUCACCCUGCCUCCUAUGAUCAUCCGCAAAGUAGCCAAGCAGUGUGCCCUCCUUGACGUGGACGAGCCCAUAUCCCAGCUGCACAAGUGCGCAUUCCAGUUUCCAGGUGACACUUCAGGAGAGGGUGGCACCUACUUAUGCCUUGCCACAGAGAAGGUGGUGCGAUUCCAGGCUUCCCUCUGUCCCAAGGAGGCCAAUAGGGCACUGCUCAACGACAGCUCUUGCUGGACCAUCAUUGGCACCGAGUCGGUGGAGUUUUCCUUCAGCACCAGCCUGGCCUGUACUCGGGAACCUGUCACUCCAGUGCCCCUCAUCAGCACUCUAGAGCUGAGUGGCGGAGGCGAUGUGGCCACGUUGGAGCUGCACGGAGAGAAUUUCCACGCUGGGCUCAAGGUGUGGUUUGGAGACGUGGAGGCAGAAACCAUGUACAGGAGCCCGCGGUCCUUGGUGUGCGUGGUGCCAGACGUGGCGGCCUUCGGCAGCGACUGGCGUUGGCUGCGCACUCCCAUCACGGUGCCGGUGAGCCUGCUGCGUGCAGAUGCUCUCUUCUACCCCAGCGCCUUCUCUUUCACCUACACCCCGGAAUACAGCGCGCGGCCGCGGCCGCCGGACUCGCACGAGCCCGCCCCUGAUGCAGACGCGCUUCUCGAGAGCAUCCACCACGAGUUUACGCGUACCAACUUCCACCUCUUCUGCCCCAGCUAGGCACCGCCACCUGCGACUGACACCCACUCGCAGCUGUCCCUUGGGAGCAUACAUUCGGCUUCCAUGCCCCUUAGCUAUGAAAGGGCAGGAGGGAGGGAAAUCUCUCACCUGUCCUCAGGCCACUCACUGUCCUCAGACAUACCGGAGCUAUCAAUCAUAAGUGAUGUUCUAAUGUCUUCACCUUGUGGGAUGUAGCUUGGUUUUUUGUAACCUCGUAGAUCUACCCUUCCAUCUUCGUCUCUUUCUGGCCCUUCCUGCAUCUUUGGCGGACUCUGAGGAUCCAAGCCUAAGGGAUUUGCCUUUCAGACAUCUGUGUCCCCACUUGAAAACAAGUACCACAAAGUACAGCUA